UUUCCUUGAAUUACGGCUUCCAAGAUCUUUACUCUGCCUUCAGACUCAGAAGGGAAUUUUUUACAGGUUCCGAUACUCAGCAUGUCGGGUCUCCUUACUGUAUUGACAGCGACGCGUAGCAAUGCCACUUACCAGUGAGGGGCCUCUAAAUGCAGCCUGGUGUUCCUCAUUUAUAAACUGUUCAAAGGGCGCGACUAAGUCAUGCCCUACAUUUGGAGCACAAGCGUUUACUAGGCAGGGGUGCGUUAGGAGGCAGACCGGCCCCUCCCCCACUUUGAUAAUAGGUACUAAGACCUGCUCCAACGACUAAGCAGGCACAGCCGAGGACUUGCAGCCCAUCACUUGCGUGUCAGUCCCAGUGUACAGCUGAAGGGGGUCGGGGUGAGUGCUUUGCCUGCCCACCGUGCUGCUCCAGCGGCUGUGUGCUCUGAAGCUUGCCCGCGUUUCUGAGCUGUGCCUCUCGGUUUGCAGUUGCUUGGCCUUGGUCCACACAGCGCCAAGAAGAAACAGGACCUCGAUAAGCUCCAUGAGCUGAAGUGCAAAGCACGGCAGAUUAUGAACCAGUUUGGGCCCUCAGCCCUGAUCAACCUCUCCAGUUUCUCAUCCAUAAAGCCGGAACCAGCCAGCACGCCUCCGCAGGGCUCCAUGGCCAACAGCACCGCAGUGGUGAAGGUACCAGGCACCCCUGGGGCAGGAGGUCGUCUCAGCCCGGAGAACAGCCAGGUACUGACCAAGAAGAAGCUGCAGGACUUGGUGAGAGAGGUGGACCCCAGUGAGCAGCUGGAUGAGGAUGUGGAGGAGAUGCUGCUGCAGAUAGCGGACGAUUUCAUCGAGAGCGUGGUGACGGCAGCCUGCCAGCUCGCCCGGCACCGCAAGUCCAGCACCCUGGAGGUGAAGGACGUGCAGCUGCACCUCGAGCGCCAGUGGAACAUGUGGAUCCCAGGCUUCGGCUCAGAAGAAAUCCGGCCCUACAAAAAAGCCUGCACCACAGAAGCGCACAAGCAGAGGAUGGCACUGAUCCGGAAAACAACCAAGAAAUAGCACACGGACCGGUCUGGGCACGGACACCAGUAUGCUGGGGCUCGAGCUGAGGCUCGGCCCGUGCACCUCGGGAUGUUUUUAAUGCUUACAGAGAAGCAUAUAUUUUGUAUUAACAGUGCAGCAAUAUCCGUAAUGACUGAGAACCUGCCAAAAGAAUAAAGCCUCCCACCCCGCGUGCGGGUCCUUGCCUGCCAUCGUCCAGGGGAGCGGUGCGUCCUGCAGAGGAGACCUUACGGCCGCCUGUCCUAGACGUGAAUGCGGCAGGACGGAGCGCUGUGCUCGGCCGCGCAGACAGUGUUAGCAGGAUUUGUAGAGGGUGGUGUUCCCCUUCCCCUCCUCCCUGUCCUUGGUUGACGUCAGUGUUUAUACGAACAUGACUGUCGUUUGCUUUUCCAGAAUAAAGAAGUUGUGACUUGGAAGA